UAAAGCCCUUGAACAGGUUAAACAUUUCCUCAGAACUGUAUUCGGGGCUCCUUUUGACGAAAACUUUUACAAUGGCGAUUGGAUGCUUGGUCCUAAUCACUUUUGUUGGCAGGCUAUUUGUUCCAUUGCCUAUGACAUCAACGCUUAUGCCUUCUACAUCAGCCCCACGAACUUUAGCGAUGCUGAAAAAAUGAUCCAAAAAAUUUUGGCCAAUAAACAAUCCAUCUUGCAGUACAAGUCAAAUAUGCAACUUGGUGUGAAAACUGGUAUGGUUCGUUCCAAAUUUAAUUGUAUUUCUGGCAUUGAUGCGUUUAAACAAGAGUUCAAAAAAAUUUCAAGCGAAAACGAUCCUGCCGACGUACUGCAGGAGUGGUUUGUGAAGUAUUACAUCAGAGCUGAGUUUACAAAAGAUUUUUCUAAGAAUGACCAAAACAAAUGGAUGGCUAAAUAUGGUAAAACGUUUCAGCAAUCUGUGAAUGACAGUUUGAUAGAAGGUAUUGGCCAACCUGUCGUUGAUCUGAUUCAUUACAUGGAGAAAGUCCACCUUAGGCAUUGUCUUCCAAGGGAUGUGGCUAGCGGUAUAGCAGAACUUCCAGUUGAUUUCAUCUACUUUGAUGGAAAUGUAACAGCGAAUUCUACGACAAAACGUUUGCCGAUAACAAACGAUAUACUGGAUGGAAAGAAAUCUUACAAGAAUAUUCUACCUUACUUCACCACCAGCGAUAUUACGCCGGAAAGAAUCAACGAAAUUGGUCAUGAAAGAUUGAAUGCUUUGUAUCCGCAGGUGAUCGAAAUCGCAAAGGCUGUAACGAAUAUCUCCGAUGAAGCGAAUGCCAUCAAAAGUUUCCGAGAAAUUCUCAGCAAUCAAUCGUCCUAUUACAACGAUGCUCCUUUCCCGGAAAUUGAAUCAAACGGCACUGCCCAUAAGCGUUGCACCGACGAGGAUAAAGCGAAAAUAUACUGCCCGAAACGCUAUGAAUCUUUGUUAAAAUGGAAAGCAACGUGUAGAGAGACCAUGAGCAUGCUCUCUCCAAAGCUCAUACCAUUGUUUUAUCACACUGGUGAUAAAAUAACCGUACCAAACUGCCCGAUUGAUAUGCUCCCGAGUUUCAAUCCUUCCUCAGGCGCGCAGUUUUUCCAGCAGGCCGACGCUAACUGCAAGAGGUCGGCGAAAUUUGGACUGCCGUUUUUCUUAGAGAAUCAUGGACCACGAUUUUCUGAAUGGUCCGUGACGGCUCACGAAUCGUGGCCUGGUCACCAUACACAGAUACAAGCUCAAAUUGAGUAUUUCAAGGAUAAAUAUGGCGGUGUUCCAAAAUGGAUCGACGAUAAGACAUACUACACGUUCUUCACCGAAGGAUGGGGCUUGUAUUCAGAAAACCCUGUCAUCGCUAAAGAUACGAACACUUAUGAUGGCCAGCUGAUGCAGAAAUUUGCUGUCGAACCUGACGAUAUCAAUGAUGAUGCACUUGAACAUUCGUUUAGUUAUCAACCUGAUGUUGAAAAGAAAUUGGAAUACCAAGACGAAAAUCAAGCGAAAAUAGAUUCUGAAAUCGGUGUAAAGUAUGAUGAGUUGAAUGCGAAGUCAAAAAAUUUGCAUGAAGGCCCAAUCGGUAUGCACGCAAACUUAACAAAUUGGCAUAAUCCCUUGGGAAGCAACUCCAGCUAUAACUGCGACUCCGAGUCAAUAGCAAGAUUGAAUUCGAAACUUGAGAGAUUUUCCGAAAAUGUGGCAAACAAACUACAGGAUAUUACAGUUGAGAUAAACAAUAUUAAAGAAAGUAAACCCUACUCGAUUCUGGUUUUGGAAAACGUAGUUAAUGACCUAAAGAAAGACAAGCUUGAGCUAAUCAGAAUGAAUGAUGAUCUUAGGGCACAAAAUAUGAACAUGUCCUGUUCUAUAUCUGAUUUGAAAAUGGCAAAUAAAAAUUUGGAAAACGAAAAGAGCAGCCUUUUGACUGCUCUUAAGUUAUUUCAAAAUGACUCUCAACAUACGUCCAUGACUAACACUGUGAUUUCAAAAGACGGAGAAAUUAACAUUGAACCGGCCUGUGAAAUCAUACAUAAUAAUGAAGUCACUCAACUGAAUCAUGAAUCUGAUCAGCCUGUAAUCUAUAGUCAGCCCAACGCCAAAGAAAGUCUUACAAAAAAGAGUAAAAAGAAGAGUAAGAAAACCAAGUCUAAACCAUCAGCUCAUAAUACCAGUCAACUAAAUGCUCCGGAUGCAAAUACCUCUGGCUCUGGCGGGAUUUCAAAUACCUCCAACAUUGAAACAACGAGACAGGGCCAGAACUCGCAGAAGCAAUCAGUUGUUAUUGCAGGAGACUCAAUUGUUAAAAAUAUUAUCGGUCCGAAGAUGAAUGCUGAAGAUCCUAAUCAUUAUUUUAUUGUAAAGCCGUUCCCUGGAGCAACAGUCACAGACAUGGAGGACUUUGUCAAGCCACUUACAAGAAGAACACCGGACAAGAUGAUUUUACAUGUUGGAACAAACGACCUGAGAAGUCAUUGCACGCCAAAAGUAAUAGCUGACUCUAUCGUCAACAUUGUAACGCAAGUAAAAGAAGAUUCACCAGGUACAGAUGUUGGAAUAUCAGCCAUUCUGGUAAGGUCUGAUAAUCAUGACUUAACUGUUAAAGCUACUCAGGUUAAUAACAUUCUUAAAGGCUAUUGUAUUCGCAAUAAAAUUCCCUUCUUAAGUAAUUCAAAUAUGAAUGAAAGCCACCUAAACACGAAGGGCCUUCAUUUAAAUAGACAAGGUAGCUUAGCUUUACAACAAAACUUUUUAGAUUUUGCUAAAUCUAUCUCAGAUUGACAAUUUCCCAAAUCCG